AUUGUGGGCUCUCACAGAGAUGGCAGCUCUCUAUCCAACAACACUCCCGGCAGCUGCUGUCUCAUGCUCGAGCAGCCUGAACUCCUCAAUGAGAAAGAAGUCCAGUGUGGUGUACAUCGAAGGGCUGAACUCCUUUGGAGGACUUAAAGCUCACAACAAAGUUUCCAAUCUUGGCCUUCCGGCUUGCACCGCCCAGUCCUUCGCCAUGGCUGUGAGCACUCUCAAGUCCUCAUCUCAGGGAAAGAAGAGGAAAGGCGGAGCUCUCUCUUCCACCUGCAGUGCUGCGUCUGAGAUCUUUAAGAUUGCAGCGAUCAUGAAUGGCCUUGUGUUGAUCGGAGUGGCCGUGGGCUUCGUUCUUCUUCGAGUGGAAGCAACUUUGGAGGAAGAGGAGUAGAGGGAUGGCAAGUUUGUUUCUUUCAAUAUAGUCGUUCUUAUUUUCGUUUGGAAGUUUGGGGCUGAAUUAUAUAUUCGGUUGGAACCAUUAAUUAAGAUUGGUUGAAAGAUUGAAAUUUGAUUAAAGGCAGUUUAAGUUAAUCUCUG